AUGGGCAAAUUUUUCCAUUUUCAAUCGCCUUUGAAUUCACAAAGUUCUGAUCAUUCAGAGCCAAAUCAGUACUCAGAAUCAUCUUCAGACACAUCCAUAGCCUCCCAACCCAGCCUCCCCUCAGUCCCCUCCCUCCAACAACCCACCGCCGCCGCUAUCCACCACUGUUCCUCAACUCUAAAGACCCAAUCCUCUCAAAUAUUUUCCCUCACCCACGCCGGAAAACACCUCUACUGCGGCGGAGCCGACGGCAGCAUCACCGUUUGCGACCGCAGCCUCCAAAAUCCCGAUCUCACCGCGGCGGCAAAGAGCUCCUCCGCCGUGAAGUCGAUAUCGAUCUGCGGAGACAGAGUGUUCGCCGCCCACCAGGACCACAAGAUCCGCGUCUGGAAGAUGGACGCGAGGCAGCCUGAGCUCAACAAAAUCGCCGUCCUGCCCACCCUGGGCGACCGGUGCGCGCGCUUCUUCUCCCCCAAAAACUAUGUCAAAAUCCGCCGGCACAAGCGGAGCACGUGGAUCCACCACGUCGAUGCCGUCUCCGCCCUCGCCCUGAACGGAAACAGCUCCCUCCUCUACUCCGCGUCCUGGGACAGAUCCUUCAAGGUGUGGCGCACCUCUGACUUCAAGUGCCUCGAGUCCGUGCAGAACGCGCACGACGACGCCAUAAACGCCGUCGUUUUGUCCAGUGACGGAGUUCUGUACACCGGCUCGGCCGAUCGGAAAAUCAAGGUCUGGAAGAGGCGGGAGGGCGAGGGAAAGCACUCUCUUGUUUCAACGCUGGAAAAACAUAGAUCGGGCGUGAAUGCGCUGGCUCUGAACGGGGACGGCUCGGUUCUGUACUCGGGAGCGUGCGAUAGGUCAAUUGUGGUGUGGGAGAAGAGUGGCCACGGCCAUAUGGCGGUGGCAGGGGCGCUGAGGGGUCACACAAAGGCUAUUCUGUGUUUGGGUGUAGUGAAUGAGGUGGUGUUCAGUGGGUCGGCGGAUAAGAGUGUGAGAGUGUGGAGGAGAGGGAGUGGGUAUUCCUAUUCCUAUUCCUGCGCCGCCGUGUUAGACGGCCAUACAAAUCCGGUCAAGUGUCUCACCGCUUCUUUCGAGUGCAGUCAUAACAAUGGCCACUCUUUUGUGGUUUACAGUGGCAGUUUGGAUUGUGAGGUUAAGGUUUGGAAAAUUUGGGUCCCUUUUACCAACUUGAUGAGUGAAGAUGGUCAUAGUUGGGAUGCUGCCAAAGUAAAAGCCUCCUUUCCUGAAGAGUGGAGCACUGUUAUUCUUUCCAUUGACGCCAUUGACCCUUCCAAGGAGGAUGAGUGGAUAUAG